AUGUGGCAACAGAUCGAAGAAUUCGACAGAGUCUGGAAACAAACGUCAGAUACUUCGGAUGAGCAGAUAGGCCGCGGCGCCAGCGAUUGCGGAUUGAGCGGCGGCGGCCGGAGGGUCGACGAAAGGAUCGCGGAUACGAUUCCUUCAGAUCUGGAGGGAAGAUGUGAAUCGACGGCGGCGGGCUCGGCGACAGUAACGUGGUGGAUCUCCGAUGGAAGGUUUUGGGACAUGGAAAUGAUUGGCGAAAUGAGUCAGGGAGAAUUGUCCGCAGCUUGGCAAUUGAAAAAUGAGGGGGUUUUCACCAAAGAAUAA